CUCCAUCUCAAAAAAAAUAAAAUAAAAUAAAAUAAAGUUGAUCAUAUAACCUAUGCUCUUAAGAUUUUGUGUACUGUUACUUUUUGCUACAUUUUAAUAUUAUGCUAAUUUUAAAUGAACUGCUAGUUAAACCAGUUGUGUUUUCUAGGUUACACAAAACUUCCUUUUAAAUGGUUUGACUACCUCAGGGAAACUGGCUCCAUUGCAGCACCAGUAAAACUAUUUAAUAAGGAUGUUCCAAAUCACGGAUUUCGUGUAGGAAUGAAAUUAGAAGCAGUAGAUCUCAUGGAGCCACGUUUAAUAUGUGUAGCCACAGUAACUCGAAUUAUUCAUCGUCUCUUGAGGAUACAUUUUGAUGGAUGGGAAGAAGAGUAUGAUCAGUGGGUAGACUGUGAGUCCCCUGACCUCUAUCCUGUAGGGUGGUGUCAGUUAACUGGAUAUCAACUACAGCCUCCAGCAUCACAGUCAUCAAGAGAAAACCAAUCAGCUUCAUCAAAACAGAAGAAAAAGGCUAAGUCCCAGCAAUACAAAGGACAUAAGAAAAAGAGGAAGAUGCCAAUUGGGAAGAAGCCUGUCAGUUUGUCGAGCCUGCCCAUGACAGGUGGGGUGCGGAGGGGCUUCUCUGGUGACGAAGAGUUGACUCCUCCUCCAUAUCGAACCCUUCCAGCACUGACAGCCCCGGAGGCCUUCCCACCUCCCAGCACUAGCCGAGAGUUCAGUCCCAGCCUCAAAACAGUGACGACACUGCAGCUGAAGGAGGAAUUGCUGGAUGGAGAGGAUUAUAAUUUCCUUCAAGGAGCAUCAGAUCAGGAAAGCAAUGGCUCUGCCAACUUCUACAUCAAACAAGAGCCAUGAGGUGGCUCAGAAACUGAGGGCGGGAGGGGGAGGAUUUUACACAAGACUGAUUUAUAAUCAAUCCAGCUGUACAGGGGGCUAUUCUACUGGGACAUUUUGCUAAACAUAGAAGAUUUCAGUUCCAGAUUUUUCAGGUGGGUGGGGGAACUAUUUUAGUCGGGAGGGGGUGGGAAAUUUUCAAUUUAUAAAGAUGGACAAUUUUUGUGUUGUAUUUGAAGCUUUUGAAAGAAUUUUGUAAUAUUUUCCAAGUUUGGAUUUAUGUGCAUUGUUAACAAGAACUGAAAUUCUAACUUUUUUGGUAAGAUUAAAGUUUAGGUAACAGGAUUGAAGGAAAUGAUUUAAGAAGGAUAUAGCUGUUAAAAUGCAAAUGAACUGUCAUUACAAAUGAACCUUUUUGGUACCUGUUGGGAGAUUUUGGGAUUUUUAGAAGUUAGGCCAGUCACAUCUCCAGCUUCUUUGCUGCAGAAAUAUGCAACUGAACUCCUCAUGGAGGGGUCAUCACCACAAAGGUCAUGGAAGGAUCAUUAUUUCUGCUUGUUGGCAUUUUAUUGCAGCCCAUUUUAAAUGUUUGUACAGAAAUAUUUUUCAUUCUGUGAAAAUUUAUUUGGAGUUCUGUAUGAAACUGGAAGAACUCUGGAUACUUUUAUAUGUUCUCUUUUAAUUAAAAAAAAAAUGAUUAGAAUUAUCCUAACACUAAAGUGUUAAACUGGAAUGGUUGACAAGAUAUACAGGAUCUCAGUCUACACAUUGAGGGGUUGGGGAAAAUGUAAUGUUGUCCUAAGUUUAUUUUCCUUUCUAAAAAAAAUACCCCACGAAAGGGAUUCUGAUCAGUUCUCUGCCAUUUCCCUCUAUCUGUGAAAUAACAGCUUGGUAUAACCACAACCAAAAACAGAUGUUCUGUAUUAGGAGAAUCGAAUUGAAAGUUAUUCAAAGCCAAAAUAAGUUUAGAUUUCAAAAUCAUUCCAGCUCUGCUUUUAUCUAUCCUGGAUUUGGUAGAAAACUAAUUUGAAAGAGAAUUUAAUUUUCUUAAAAUUCCAUAUAUAUAUAUAUAUAAUUGUCUUUAAUUGUAUUCAGGAUUUAUUUUAAUAAUAACCGAUUUGGACCAUCUUGAACAUUCCCUGUUUUAAAAUUCACAUGACUUCCUUUUAAAAAAAAAAGGAUACAAGGGUAAAUUGGUGAAAGGUUUGCUCUGCAUUU